AAGACAACAAAGUGUGUUUGAGCAGCUAUUGAAAUUUUGUUUUCACGCAGAAAUUAUCACAUUUCUAUCAGAUUUUCUACGGCUCUUUGCAGUUGUGCUAAUAGUUGUUUAAGCAACGUGAUAUUAAAAAGUUUAUCUAAAAGGCAUAAACAAACCAAAACCGAUAGGAUCAUCAUGCCACGAGGAAAGUUCCUUAGCUACAAGGGUCGCACUCGCCAGUUCACAUCCCCCGAGGAACUGCGGCAGGAGUCAGAGGACGAUUACGACCAAGUCAGCGGCUCUGGUUCAGAUAGCGAUGAGAAAGUAGCAACCAGGGGAGGAGCCAAUUCAUCCUCCUCCAUAGCAAAGGAUCGCACCUUGAAAAAAGCGACUCGCAAUCAGAAAUCGUCGUCAGAUGAGGUGGACAGUUCUUCCGAGGAUUGCGAAACGGAAUCUCGUGUUGCCAGAAAGGGCGUGGCUUCACUCAUUGAAAUCGAUAAUCCCAACCGGGUGUCCAAGAAGGGGCCACAAAAGAUUUCAGCCAUUAUGCUUGAUCAGACCAAGGCGGGGCUAUCCCGCCGCGAUCAAGAUCAGAGUGCUCGCAAGCGUUACGAGAAACUCCAUGUAGCUGGGAAAACCACCGAGGCUAGGGCCGACUUGGCCAGGCUGGCUCUGAUCCGGAAGCAGCGCGAAGAAACCGCUGCUAGGCGUGAAGCGGAGAAGAAAGCAGCCAAUGUGGUCACCAAGAAGCCGUUUGCCAAGUAGAGAAUCCAUCUCUUAAAGCAUCCAUUCCCCAAACGGGAAUGAAUAAAUAAAUAAAAAAAAUGUUAAGAAAUAUGCAUGAAAGGGUCUAAAAUUAAUUAUUUAUUUAACAAUCAUUCAAAAUUUUUAAAGUUUUUCAAAGCGGUCUUUUAUAACUUUAAAUUCUACAAUAAUAAACCCU